GGCUCCCCAGAAACCCCAAUCUCUUCCUGAGCUUCUGCUUGCUCUUGGCAACUUGGAACCAGCUUGGGGGCGGGGGGGUGUCUUAACGCACGAACAGGAUCCCCCUACCUUCUUCCCCCUCUCCCGGUCCGCGAAGACGUGGUUCCUUUGAAACUGCGACUUCUUUAAGAUGCCUCCCAACCAAAGCCAAAGUGCUGUGGUUCUGUCUGACUUCUCACCUGGCCCGGGAUGCACCUGACACUCUUCUGAGUGCCCCCACAUUGCAGUAAGCCUCUCACCAACUGCCCCAGCCUCCAUCCCGCCCCCUCCGUACACAGAAAGGCCUUGUACGUAUAAGCGCCAAGAAACAAGUUUUGGAUUAUAGUAGGACAUUCAUUUAUUCAGCGGGCUUAAAAACAAACAAACAAACAAACAAACAAAAAACCCUCUUUUGGUGCUUUGACCUGGAUGAGAUGUGUGAUGCCUCUUUCUCACACCCACAUGCAAUCAGUGAGUCCUCUUUCACUGCUUCUGAAGCGAACACUUCUCUCCCCUCCCCCCUCCUCUUCUAGUCCACAUUACUGUCUUCUGCCUGGAUUACUACUGUAGCUUCCUGAUUGGUCAUACUGCCUCCCCUCUUGUUCCCUUAAAGUCUGUUCUGCACAGAGAAGUCAGUGUUUAUUAAGUAAGUUAAGUGCAUAGAGUUUUACCCCAGUGGUUCCUGUCAAACUUAGAAUACAAUCCAUACUCUUUAGCAUAUCUAGAAGACUCAAGUGUCCAGGCCCUACUUUUCCAACCUGAUCUGCCUUUCUGCCUCUUUGCUUUUCUGUACCUGCCACACUUAAUCUUUUUGGAGUUCCUGGAAUACAUGAGGCCCAUUCCUCUCCUCCUGUCUUGAGGCCUUUGCACUUGCUUCCCCUUUGGUUAGAGUGCUUGCAUCUCUCAGUUCGGAUGGUUACUUACAUAUCACCUCGUGGGACAGGCAUUACCUGGCCAUCCCAUCUAAAAUAGGCCCUUUCCCAACUCACUAAUCACUACCUGAAGUCUGAAGUUAUUUUGUGUAUUAGUGUUUACUUGCUUAUUGUCUGCAUCCCCGCUCGAGAAUGUCAACGGGAUCACUCACCAUCUAUAAAAAUGCCUGGCUUAUUUUACAAAGGUCUUCAGUAGUUAUUGAAUGGACAAAUGCAUAGGUACCAACAGAAAACUCCCAAUGUCUAGUGGAAGAGGAACAUGGGAAUCACCUCCCCCAUUAAAUCGCCUCUUCAAAUCUGACAAUAACUUGGAGGAGGGUAUCAGACAGGCAGGGUUUAUCUAAUGAGAAGAGGGGCAUGGGCAUAAAAGGUUGGUCCUUGUGUGAGAGUGCCGGUCCCCGGAGGGCAAGUUCUAGUUGUGUGAGAGUGCUGGUCCCCAAAGGGCAAGUUCUAGAAAAUGAUGUGAAAGGGCUGUCAAGUACAAACUCUUGAGUUCAUAAUUUGGUCAAGGGCUGUCCUUGUUCGUGGGAGCCCAGUGUUUUUGUGUCUAUGAGAAAAUCUGGUGGCUCAUCUCAUUGACAGAUGUCUCUGGUUCCACUUCAGGUCCUCGGAAACCCAGGAGCCACUAUGGCUUUCUAAGGAUGGCCUCAGCCAUUAUUAGCCUUGGAAACCGAGGUUUAAUCUAGAACCUCCCAGAGGAUUCUAGUUUAUACCAGCAAAUUCUUGUACCAAGAGAUAGCAAUUGCAGUAGGGUUACUGUGAACAUAGACAACUCCCAUGCUCAUACUAACUUAAGUUUUGCAUAGUUAUACCUACAGUGUCUUAAAAGCGCAUCACAUGUGAUUGUCUCUUUAGUAGAAGAUUAUCCAAACUAUAUGAUCAUAAAUCUAGACAAGCUGGAUUACUGUGCAAGCUUGAAGAAUCUUGAAACCAUUUCUAAUAAACAAAACUACAAAUUUAUACAGGGUGACAUAUGUAAUUCUCACUUUGUGAAACUGCUUUUUGAAACAGAAAAAAUAGAUAUAGUACUACAUUUUGCUGCACAAACACAUGUAGAUCUUUCAUUUGUACGCGCCUUUGAGUUUACAUAUGUUAAUGUCUAUGGCACUCAUGUUUUGGUAAGUGCUGCUCAUGAAGCCAGAGUGGAGAAGUUUAUUUACGUGAGCACAGAUGAAGUAUACGGAGGCAGUCUUGAUAAGGAAUUUGAUGAAUCUUCACCCAAACAACCUACAAAUCCUUAUGCAUCAUCUAAAGCAGCUGCUGAGUGUUUUGUACAGUCAUACUGGGAACGAUACAAAUUUCCAGCCGUCAUCACGCGAAGCAGUAAUGUUUAUGGACCACAUCAGUAUCCAGAAAAGGUUAUUCCAAAAUUUAUAUCUUUACUACAACACAACAGGAAAUGCUGCAUUCAUGGAUCAGGGCUUCAAACAAGAAAUUUCCUUUAUGCGACUGAUGUAGUAGAAGCAUUUCUCACUGUCCUCAAGAAGGGGAAACCCGGUGAAAUUUACAACAUCGGAACCAAUUUUGAAAUGUCAGUUCUCCAGCUUGCCAAAGAACUAAUACAACUGAUCAAAGAGACCAGUUCAGAGUCCGAAAUGGAAAACUGGGUGGAUUAUGUUAAUGAUAGACCUACCAAUGACAUGAGAUAUCCAAUGAAGUCAGAAAAAAUACAUGGCUUAGGAUGGAGACCCAAAGUGCCUUGGAAGGAAGGAAUAAAGAAAACAACUUAUUCUGGCAAGAGUAUGGAAGAUGAAUUUGAAAUUCUGGCAAGAUUGAGCUCCCGCGGGGAUCCGAGUUACGAAGCUGUUGCAAUAAAUCAGACUGGUGAUGAUAAGGCUGAAAGCACCGUGCUGCGAACAGGUGGCGUCGAGACAGACGGCAGAACUCUUUAGAUCAAAAAAAAAAAAAAAAAAGUGAUCGAUUAUGCGGUUGGGGGGGAGCACUUUCUUGACUUGGGUGGUAUUUUAAGGUUUUGGAUGUUGAAUUGUUAAGAGAAUGGUAAAUUACAUUUGGGGGAGAUGUUGAGCUGUAGAGAUCGGUGGGGUGCCCGAGCAGAGAUACCUAACAAACUGGCCAACGAACGUAUAGAUCUAGAGCUCAAAUUGGUGGGCAGGGUUCAAGAUCUACAGAUACAUAUUUAGGAGUUAAAUGGCUAUUAAAGCCCUGAGAGUGGAUUAUAUCUUCCCAAGGAGGGCACACAGAAUGGCCAGGUGGGCAACACUGAUUCACAGACAAGCCAUGAGAAACACCAAGGUCUAAGUCGUAGGCAGAGGAGCCAAGGAGAACAUUUAGAAGGGAUUAUUUAAAAGAAAA